UCUCAGUGCCCGUGUCAGUGGUCCGUUGGCGUUGUAAUUUGUAGCUUGCAACUUCGUAACAAAAAGAAUCUAGGCCUAACGUUAGACUCUAUAUAGCUGAUCUGCUUACUAGUUAUUUGUCUGUGUAUGUGCAUCUGGUAAUUUAGGGCUAGUAAUUUUGAACAGGAAUUCAAAAUGAGCAAGAGGAAAGCACCAGAUAGCAACAAUCCCAACCAAGAGUUCGUGGACUUUCUGGUCGAGCUCGCGAACUACGAGAAGAAUGUCAAUCGAGCAAUGCAUAAACACAAUGCAUAUCGCAAGGCUGCCAGCGUCUUAGCCAAAUACCCAACAAAGAUCAAGAGCGGAGACGAAGCCAAAAGAUUGGAUGGCAUUGGUGUUCAGAUCGCCAAAAAGAUUGACGAGGUCAUAGCUACAGGAAAGCUCGAGAAACUUGAGAAAAUCCGCAAAGAUGACAAGAGUGAAGCCAUCAACCUGCUCACCAGAGUAUCAGGAAUUGGGCCUGUUGCUGCUAGGAAACUAGUCAUGGAUGAUGGUGUUAUGUCUAUUGAUGAUCUGAGAAAGAACACAGAUAAACUCAAUCAUCAUCAAAAAAUCGGGCUUCGGCAUUUUGAAGACUUUGAGAGGAGGAUACCGCGGGAAGAGGUGACAAGACUUGAAGGUAUCCUCAAAUCCCAGGUAGCAGCGGAAGACGAAGAUUACGUAGCUACUGUAUGCGGGAGCUAUAGGAGAGGGGCUGCCUCAAGUGGUGACAUGGACGUCCUCCUAACGCAUCCAUCCUACACGUCCAAGGAUAAGAAAAAGCCUGAGCUGUUGGUGAGUGUGGUGAAGAGAAUGAUAGAUAGCAAGCUGGUCACAGACACCAUCUCACAAGGAGACACCAAAUUUAUGGGCAUCAUCCGCCUCCCAGAGAAAGAUGCCAAGGAGGGCGAAGAGAUUUACUUCCGUCGUCUUGAUAUCCGUCUGAUACCCCAUGAUCAGUACCACUGUGGAACUCUCUAUUUCACCGGCAGUGAUAUGUUCAACAAGGAUAUGAGAGCCAAGGCCUUAGAAGAAGGCUUUACGAUCAAUGAAUACACCAUAAGGCCUAUGGGGAGUACAGGUAUUGCUGGAGAACCAUUACCAGUGACAUCAGAGGAGGAUGUCUUUGACUACAUCGGCAUGAAAUAUAAAUCUCCAUCGCAAAGGAAUUUGUGAAAACAUUGUCCUCACCAUCAUCAUCAUCAACAAAAACAUCACAAAAAACAAUACCACCACCAUCAUCAUGCCAUCUGUUCUAUCAUGAUUAACUCAUAUCCUGCCAUAAGGAUGCAUGCACACUAUCCGUUAAAGUGCUUUGUACAUGAGAGCGCGAUAUCGAUUGGCUGCUUUAUUUACGCGAGCGAGCUACCGCUUCAGUGCUUCAUAAAUGUUUGCUCGCAUUCGUAAUAGCAGUUAUUGUUCAUGCCCGUUGUACUGUGCGGAGUGCUUCCCACGCGCUAUAGAUCGCACCAUCAGAUUAUCUCAAAAUAAACUUGGCACAGGGGGGAUUUGUGACUUGGCACAAUGGGGAUUAGCCCUGUGGCUCUGGGCUGUAUUCAUUAUGGCAC